UUCUCAUUCACACGUUUCCGCGAACACAAAGAUGAACCAAACGGAGAUCAGUAAUACAGCAGGUCUGUUCAACACCAAACCUAAUCCCAGGCCAGUUAAAAACAGCACAGACAAAGCAGUGUCUCGGCCUGACUGGAUACUUUACACAGUUCCUGCCUCAGCAUUUCUCAUUGGGAUUUUUCUGUUCACCCUCAUUUGCAAAACACAACGACACAGGAAGACACACGUAGCGCAGAGGAUCUACAGAAAUGAACAAGUGGACAAUUAUACCAGCUUUAGGCAUUCUACAGGCAGUGUACAGAGCAAAAAUACCAAAAAGAAAGAUGACGCACAGUCCUAUGAGAAUGUAGAUGCGGCCAUAUACACCAACCAGAAGAAAGUCACAUAUUAUGUUUCAGCCGACCAAGAUUACAUUACCCCUGAGGAAGUGAAUGAACAGGACGGGAUUGGGCCAAGGGCAUAUCAGGACAACCUACAAUUGCCUCACAAUCUGACAGAUACUGAUGGAGAGUCUUAUGAGAAUAUGGCAAACUUGUACGCUCAACCACGCAAAUGCUCACAGCAGCACAAACACAUCAGUGCACGAGAAGAGGUAGACUAUGUCUAUCCUGAUCAAGACGGACUUCAGGACGUUACUUACACAGACACAGAGUCGUACGAAAUGAUGGCUGACUCACACUGUUCCUAUGAAGACUUCACACAAGAUGACUAUAUCAACCCUGAUGACGAUGGACAGAAAGAUUUCACGUUUGACCACACAGACACUGAUUCAUAUGAACAGAUGAACGGAGUCCCCUUUCACAAAGGGAUGAACUGAUGUCGAAUGCAAGAUGCUGAGAGCAGGACGCAGUAUUUCAUUUAGUAUUAUACAAGAGAAUGAAAGGGAGAGAUUGGGAAUAAACACAAGGGUCAGAGUGUCCAGUCUCGUGACGUUUUGAACUUAUUCAUGAAUAUUACAAAAAAGGAAAACGUUUUAAACUCAAAUAUUCUAGAAAGAUUUUUAUGUAAACCUUGUGGACAUGUGGGUGGGGAAAAUCAGUAUGGACUAUUAUGUCGCAGCCCACUUGUUGCUAUUUGAUCAAGUCCCACCGCACAUUAUGAAAAUUAUGACAUUCUGACAAAUUAGGGAUUUGUUUCAAUGCACGAUGUUUCUCUGCUUGAACUCGUGCAAUAGUGGAGAAAGAUGUUUACUUUGUUUAUUAGUAUGGACGGGAUUGGAACUGGUUUUGUGUGCAGUCAAACCAUAUAUUUGUUUGUCAUAUUGAAAAUAAUAACCAUGCAAAUAAUUACAAUGCAAGCAUUCAC